AUGGCUUCUUCAUCCUCCAACUCUGGCGGUGCCAGCACGGCAGCGGCAAACCAAGCGCGGACCAUUUCCACCGCCGCGUGUCUGAUUAUUGGCGAUGAGGUACUUGGGGGCAAGACAGUCGAUACCAACUCGGCUUACAUGGCGAAGUGGUGCUUCUCAUUGGGGAUUAACCUGAAAAGAGUCGAGGUCAUUGAGGAUGACGAGGACGAGAUCAUGGAAGCCGUCAAGCGGAUGAGCCAGCGCUACGACUUUGUUGUCACGAGCGGCGGUAUCGGGCCCACACACGACGAUAUAACUUAUCAAUCUAUCGCCAAGGCCUUUGGUCUCCCUCUCAAGCUGCACCAGGAAGCCUAUGAACGCAUGAAGAAGCUGAGCAAACACUCCAAAACGGACCCGAACUUCAGCUGGGACGUCGAAUCGCCCACAAAGACAGCACGGCUGCGUAUGGUCGAGCUCCCUAGCGAUGAGUCGCUGGAUUUGGCCCCCCAGGCUCUCUUCCCCUCUGAUAACCUCUGGGUUCCGGUGGCGGUGGUCAAUGGAAACAUCCACAUCCUUCCGGGAGUACCCAGGCUGUUCGAGGCACUGCUCGACGGUCUCAAGCCAUUCCUCAUCGAACGCCUUGUCGAUCCUGAAGGCAAGGGUAUCAACAGAAUUCUCAUCUCCACACCUCUCGGCGAGAGUGCUGUCGCAAGCUACCUAACAGACCUAGCCAGCCGGGUCGCGCCUAAGGGUGUCAAGGUCGGCAGCUAUCCUCGCUGGGGCUCGCAGAACAACACGAUCACCCUGGUGGGCAGAGACUUGAAUUACCUCGAGUCUCUCGUGGAUGAGGUCACUGAAAAUGUCAAGGGCAAGCGCAUUGCGGUUGAAGGGGAGGAUGACGAGCCUGCCGCUUUGGACAAAGCAUCGUGA